GUACCAGCGCGCCACGUCGCCGGAGCUGGCCACGAUCGCCGCGAUUCGUGCCAGGGCCGCCGCGGAGGCGGAGGAGGCCGCGGAGGCGGACAAGGUGGGCCGCCUCAGCCUCUGGAGCGGCCCAGCGGAGACCGAGGACGAGGCCGCCGCGCGCGAGGCGCGCGCCGGCUCCCGCGCCGGGGCGGCCGCGGCCACGCUCGACUGGAGGCAUAUGCUGUACCAACCUCGCCAAAGCUGGCCUACGAGCCGCCGGAGCAGACUCAGGGAUGCUGCGCCCGUCAAGGAGGAGCCCCCGCCGCCGGCCGAGCAGCUUGACGACUUGAACUCCGCCGCCGCGCUCGUGGAGUCGUACGCGCGCAGCGCGCAGGCCGCCGAGUGGCCCGCCCGCGCCGGGCCCGCGGGGGCCUCUGGUCGGCGCGGGCGCAGGCCAGCGCAGACGGCCGGCGACGCACCCCACGACCCGCACGGCCAGGCGACCGACAUCCUGUGGGACAGCUUUGAGGACCUCACCGACGAAGCACUUCGCCCCGAUGCAGCCGCCGCGGGAUCACCUGAUGAACAAACGAUAUGGGCUGCUGAUUAGUAGGGCAGCCGUUGGCCUUGCAGUAAAAGUGUUGCGUUUGCACUUGCAGCAGCCAUGCGAGCGUUAUUCCAUCUCAUAGUGGAACGCGGACGGACAAUCGCAGGCUGCUCAUAGAUCUGGCCUGCCUGCUUGGCGUUGUUGCUGAGAGUGGGAUGGGCGCUCCUUGUGACUGCCUCGUGCGCGAGGCCGUGCUGGGGAACUGCGCGUCUGAGCAGCACUCAUGGAGACGGCGCGGCUACAGGCACACAGCGCACAGUCGUUUUACCGCUCGCCGCCACGUUCUUCAGUCAUGUGUCACAGGCAAUUCCGUACACGCGUCGAGCCUGUUGUAGUUGCCCAGCUUUGUGCUUCACAGAGCCACAUGACCCAUGCAGUCGACUGCAGGUUUGACAGCGCGUGUGGUUGUCACAUCACGUUCUGCAGUAUUCCUGGGCUCCCCUAACC